AUGCGCACGAGGCGCUUGUGCGAGGUCAAACCCAGUGGCAAGACCCUGGUGGAUGACGAUGUCCGUACCCAGUACAAGCAGGGGGGUGAGAACAGAGAACUGCUCGAGAUGGCUCUUUUAGAGUCCAUCGCGAAGUAUGGUGUUGCCAGGAGUUCUUACAAGAGGAUUAAGGGAGACUUCAUCCAAAAAUGUCGUUUGAUCCGGGAGCGACUUGAUUCCCGUGAAACGGAAACGUUGGGUAAGUGGUUGACUGAAGAUGCCAUGAAACGCUCUGGCAAUUAUUCGGCCCAGAGCAUCAAGAGCAUCACCAAUUACUGCCGGCAGUUCCCGGAGUCGUUGUGCAGGACAUCAAUGAAUUGGCGCUACAAUUCAUCGGUGACGGAAUUUUAUGUCAUCACUGAUGACAACACGAGGGAGAAGCAUUCGGACACCACACGUCAAGUGGACGAAACUGAUCUGGGUGACAAGAAGUUGAAGGAUGCUCCUGCUGGCUUGCCAUCCAACCCAGUGAAUCUCCCCAAGGUUGAACCGUCUCCAGAGGUGGUGGGUUCCAAGUCCUCCAACAUCGAUCGGCAAUGCUGGAAAGAUGUCCUGGACCCCAUAACCCUUUCACUGGAGAGGCUGUUGUCUGAGAUUGCAAACGAGAAGAACGAAGUGAAGAAACAGACCCUGGCCAAAGACUUGGGCUUGGAGGUGAACAGCAACAAAGCCAAGGGCAACAAGUCGAAGAGCAAAGGGAAUGGAUCCAAGACUAAAGCCGAGGGAGCAAAGGCUUCCAAGGCAGCUGGAAAGAGCAAGGGCAGCAAGGGUAAGCCUUCAAAGAAGGAGAAAUCCCGCCGUAAGCAGUCAGCCUCUGCUGCCGCACCGGAACUUAAUUCUGAGCCCAUCCCCGAGAAGUGCUGUGAUAUCAUCGAAUUUGCAGCUGCUGAAAUGCGAGACGUGGGCGAAGAUGGGGUCACUGAAGUCCUACGUUUGAACAACUUCUACUACCCGGUGGAAAUCUCUUUUGAGAACACCCCGCCUUUGAGCUCCUUUCCGGACUUUGAUGCUCACAAGAAACGACCUUGGGAAUGUCUUCCAAUAUUCUUGCAUGGAGACGAGGGAGAGCUCUACGCUGAAGACAGGAGAAUAUGGAAUGCUAUUUUUGAAAUGGUUGUUCGGGAUCUGGCCAUGUGUGAGAGGGACGGCGUGGAGGUGAAUGGAUCAAAGAUCUACCCCAUCGUGUUGGGCAACAAAGGUGAUUGGUCCUACCUUGUUUCCAGUGGAAAUUUGGAAAGAUCGUACCGAAGAGCCCCAAAGGGAGCCAAGGAAGAAGAUCACGGGGUAGCUGGUGCAGGAAUAUGUCACCUAUGUCUUUGUGGGCAGGGUAUUGACUGGGAGGAUUUGAAUUUGGCUGAGCGUGCCAUGGAUGAAUCCCAUCUCCAUGAACUACCUCUACCAUGGGAUCGUGAGUCCCCACUCACGAGGGAACUCUUGGUUGAUGAUGCCCCUAACGGGAAAUGCCGUUUUUAUUGCCUUGACCCGUGGCAUUCGAUUCAUCUUGGAGUUGGCAAAACUUGGAUUUCUGGAGGAGUCAUGUUACUUCAAAAACUGGUUCCACAAUCCAACGUGGAUUUGAGGAUAACUCAGAUUGCAUCAGACUACAGGGACUACUGCCGAAGGGAAAAACUGGACCCCAUUAUCCGAAGAAUUGAUGUUGCGACCUUUGGAACCACUACGGACCCAUCUGGUGCAUGGAGCAAAGCGGCAGUCACAUCCAAUUUCUUUAUGUUUUUGGAAGAUUGGUGCAAUCAACAUGCGGACUUGAUUCAACCGGAUGAGACCCUACGAAAUUGGGCUUCCAUUUUGCAUUUAUGUGACUAUAUAGGUUUUGUAUGUGCAUAUAUACGCAUGUCCAUGUGUGUUUUUGUUUUGAAACCUGCCCCCCAAUCCACUCUAAGAUUAUGGUGCAUGCUCCACAUUGAGGCUUUUGGGACUACAAGACUGAACCAGUUCAUGCGAGGAAUCUACAGCAAUGAUGUUCUGAUGCCCUCAUCGACAGGGAUUCAAUUGAGCGAUGCUUUGUAUGACUUUGUCAAGUCAUUCAUGUACCAAGCUUAUGCUGCCUACCAGAAGGGGCUCAAUUUCUUUCCAAUGCAUCCCAAACUGCAUUCAAUUCAUGAAGUGGCACAUGAGUUGAGAAGGCAGGCGAGCAGUGCUGCUUUCUGUGUUAAUCCUGCCGUCUACUCUUGUAGUCAAGACGAGGAUUUCAUUGGACGAUGUGCAGUGAUCUCCCGUUGCGUAUCUCCUAGACUCGCAGCGAAAAGGACCUUAGAAAGGUACCUGUGCCAUAUCCAACUUGCUUGGGCACGCACUUGA